AUGUUUGGGAGCUCCUUGGAGUACAAUCUGCGACAAGACUCUCGACCAACAAAACGACCCCGGAACACGUCUCUUACUGCCGAGCUACAACAAGCAACUUCGACAUCCAAUGCAUUUUCAGAUGAUCACAGUAUUAACAUGGAGAUGGCGGGUGAUCGCAUUUCAGCAGCAACAAGAACGGACGACACACCUCCCCGCGGACCAACAGGAGCCAGAGCACGAAAUGAGGAAAAGAACAAUCGAACGCUCUCUUGCAAAGAAUGUCGUAGGCAAGUUACCGAAAUAUACCCUACCGUUAUUUCUUUCAUUGCUCAUUCCAUGUUGAAAUAUUCUUUUUUGCAGACUGAAACUCAGAGCGCUCUUACCUCGGGACGAGGCAGCAGGUUUAUACUAGCAGGCGCCGAACAACUUCACGAAAAAAUUCUUGAAUUAAGCGACCGUAUAAAGCAGCUCGAAGAAGCUCUAGAGGCUGAGCGAGCGCUGACAUCAAGUCAUCCUCACCCUUUGCUCGCACCCGACCUUCUCAAGAUCAAGACCUCACAAGAGAUAUACAGUCCGCCCACUGUGUCUAACCUACCAUCUAGUUCAUCAAAUUCUGACAUUUCUAAUGCCAGAGAUGAACAUCUAAGGCAGUCAAUUGGAGCGAUGUCAUUACAUUCUCAACCACCUUACGCGGAGGGCUCGCGUCCCCCGCAUCCUGAAGCAUUGUCAAAUAUGAACGUUGCUCCAGAUAUUUUGCAACUCAGCACUACGUUUCCUUUCCCUUGGGCUGUUGAUAUAACCAUUAGAAAACGAAUUCGGGACUCGCUUCCCCCAAGGGCCGAAGCCUUGCGAUUGUGCGAAGAAGCGAGGAAUAAUGCACUCUGGCAGUUUACGAUCGACUCUUCGAAGACCUUCUUACCCAACCUUUUACGAUAUUGCUACGAGACACCAAUCGAAGCUUUGAGUCCCCGCAGACUUGCAUUACUUUUAAUGCAUCUCUCAAUAGGUUCAUUGGUGGAUCUCAACAGUCCUCUGGGUUCAUUGAAUGGUGAAGCGUAUCAUCAUUUGGCCCGUGCGUCAGUUUGCGAAAUUCCCUUGAUGGAGGAACCCGAUUUUGAUGUACUUCAUGCACUGUUCUUCAUGAUUUGGUAUCAUUUAAUUUUUUCGGACAACAAGAAGGCCGUCGGUUACGCCUGGAAUCUGAUGGGAUUCGUUGCUAAACUAGCUCAAGGACUUGGACUUCACAAAGAAGCACCUAAAACGAAAACGUUACCGGAAGAACACGAAAAACGACGUGCAGUAUUUUGGGAGCUGCUUAAUAUGGAUUGCCGUAUGUGUCUCUCACCCAUGCUAGAAGCCAUGGUUGCCGUGGAUCGACCGGAAUACAGUCGAAUCAUCAUUUUGGACAAAUCCGUCCGAGAUUUUGGUGUUCCGACUCUCCUUGACGAACACCAAUCUCAUGACGUAAAUCCUCGUUUCCUCGUCAUGCAAAGAGGACUUGUUUCGAUCAGUCGUGAGAUCGCUCUUCUACAGUUGCAUCGUCGCUAUUUUACGGAGGCCAUGAACGGACCAGAGAGCUUCGAUCUCGGCCACCCCUACGCACCCUCCGUUAUCGCGACUUAUCUAGGAGCAUCGAAUUUGAUAUCGGCUGUGGAAACUCUUUUCGAACAGGAGGCUCAACUUACUGCAAGGUUCCUACAUUUCUGGUUUAAUUCAUUUUCCGCAAUGGUUACUCUGUCGUUGCUCAUCUCUCGGGCGCCAUCAACAUCACUGGCUUCUUACGCUUUCCAGGACUUGGGUAAAGGCUGUCGCCUAUUUAAAUUGGCUGCUGCUAUUCUCCCCUUUAGUGGAAAGGCUUUGCCCGUUGUUCAAAAGCUUUUGGACAAGUCUCAGCGUGUUUUGUUACAAAGGCGGGCAAUGGAUCCUUCCCAAACCCAUGAUAUGAUAUAUCCCCAACCCCAGCCCCAAUUGCCACCAUCAUUUAUGAAUGUUCACUUCAUUUUAUCUCAACUUGCCGAACGAAUCGAGGCUCGUGAUCCUUGCAAGCGCCUAGCUUCCAGCUCAUCGGCAGACUUGCAGCACUCUUCUUUGAAUACUGAGCAGGAGUCAUGGCCGUCCGAUAUCUACCAGUUUUCGUCUGUAGGUCUCAACGUAGAGGAACGAUAUUCAAUUGCCUCCACUCAACCGACGCCAUUUAUUCCUUCAUCACCUCGGGUUGCACAAAACGAGAAAUUCAAUUUUGAUCAUGGUGCACUCAGGGCUGGAUUGGUAGAGGAAACAAGUUAUAUGGCGUGGUUUUAA